UGACUGCAGUAAAUGCAGUGACUGCAGCAACUGCUGUAACUGCCAGAACUGCAAUAACUGCAGUAACUGUUGUAGCUGCAUUUACUGCAGUAACUGCAAGCAGUUUGCAGUAACUGCAGCUAGUAGUGUAGGGCAGUGACUGCAGUUAGCAGUGUAGUGCAGUAACUGCAGCUAGCAGUGUAGUGCAGUAACUGCAGCUAACAUUGUAGAGCAGUAACUGCAGGUAGCAUCGUACUGCAUUAGCUGACUGCGUAACCGCAUUUACUGUGUUAAUUCAACUGUUGCACCUGAAAGCCAUGUCUGCAGCAAGCGCAGGGAGUGCAAAAUGCAUUAACUGCAGGGAGUGCAAUACUAGUAACCCGCAACUAACAGUGUACAACAGUAACUGCAGCCAGCAGAGUACAACAGUAACUGCAGCUAGCAGCGUACUGCAGUAACUGUAGCUAGCACUGUACUGCAGUAACUGCAGGAAGCAUGGCACUGCAUUAGCUGACUACGUAUCCGUUACUUCAUUUACUGUGUUAAUUCGAUUGCCGCAACCGAAGCCAUGCAUGCAGCAAGCGGAUUGCAAAAUGCAUUAACGUCAGUGAGUGCGGUACUAGUACCCCGUGUCUGUCUGUCUGCCUGCCUGCCUGCCUGCCUGCCUGCUAGCAGUAACUGCAGCCUGCAAGCAGUAACUGCAGCCUGCAAGCAGUAACUGCAGCCUGAAAGCAGUAACUGCAGCCUGCAAGCAGUAACUGCAGCCUGCAAGCAGUAACUGUGGUUACUGAUAGAGCUUCACACAGCACUAACUGGAGAACUUCUUUUACUGUAUGAAAUGAUAUUUUGACUGUAGUGACUGCAGUCAGUUUCUGUGGUCACCACAGUGUGAAACAAGCAGCAGCUGUUGUGAGCGCAAUAAGGGAUGCAAAUAUUACUGUGAACUGCAGUGCGUUUCAGUGAAACAGGCGUAAGGAGCAACUGCCAAAUGUAAAGUGUAGCUGCAGAGAGGGUGUGUCACUGAUCCUUCCAUCUAUAUGGAUGGUUGGUGUUUGUAAGCAGCGAUAGCUGUUGACGAGCUUGAGUUUCUGGUAGUUGAUGCUGGAAGCUUCGCCCUUUUUUCUUUGGGUUUCCCUUUUUCAGUUAAAAAAAAUACCCUUAUCUUUGCAACAGUGAGCUCUACGCGAGUGGGCAUUUUUUUCCUUUCCCUUCACUUCAAGGAAAAAUGAUGGCUGUUCAUCUGCCGAUGCUCAAAGGUGGUAACAGUGUCCGGGCCCUCCGGGCUUCGGGCCCAUCAUCAUGGUCACCGACGACGGGUGCUGGUGGCUGCCGCAAUCGCGGUCUUCGGGAGUGUCGAUCGGACACUGGAGUUGUAUGUGCCCAUUUGCUGCCGCUGCCAGGUCAUCAUUUACUUCAUUGCAACUGCUGCUGUUAUUCCGUUGCAUCGCGUUGUCUGCCAUCGCAAAAGCGGUUAUCGUUGUCCGGGUCACUGUCAAACGUGAGAUGCCGCGGACGCGCCGACGUUUUUCCCAAACCUACCCACAUCUUUUCUGCACCUAUCGACAGUUUUACCAAUGGUACCGCUGCUGGGCGUUGUCCUCAGAAGGUUCCAGAAAACUUGGUUAUCCCUGUGGUCCCACCGGGGCAGUUUUCCCAGUGGUACUUUUGUGCAUUAUCGCAUCCCUUCACCUGCUUCUGCGUUUCGGAAACAUCAUCGCGAUGGAAUGACACGAGAUACAAGAGAGCGACGGCUGCAAGAGCAAGAGCGAGAGCAUGUCCUCAGAAGCAGGGAGUUGCCUGCCUUUGUAUGGAUAAUCCAGGGGACGGCUAUUCCAACAGUGAGCGGUCAGACGAGGCCCUUGAGCCGGGAGACGAUGACAUGGCCGCACGGUUACCCUCGUUGUCGUUGUCGGAUGAUGCUGAUGUGUCGUCACUUGCUGGUCAUGAGAGUGAGAGCGAGCCGUCCUCCACUACCAGCAUCCAGAUCACUCUGCCUCGCCGUAGGCUGCUUGUCUCUUUUACAUGCAAUCUCUGUGGUGCACGGUCACAAAGGAUGCUGAACCCCCAUGCGUAUAGGAGGGGCACCGUCUUUGUGCAGUGCGCAGGUUGUGGGAAGUUCCAUCAACUGGUAGACAAUCUUGGUCUCAUUCGGGAGUACGAUUUCCGGGGUGAGAGUGUGGGUGAUGUGCUCGUCGAGGAGGAGGACGGUGUCUAGGAGUCGUCAUCUCAUUUGGGAGUACGAUUUCCGGGGCGAGAGUGUGGGUGAUGUGCUCGUCGAGGAGGAGGACGGUGUCUAGGAGUCGUCAUUGUCGGAGGAGGAGGAGGGACUGGGCAGGAAAUAUGGGUUGUUGUUGGUGUUGCGAAACUUGUGAUCAUGCUAAGCCUUGUCGAUUUGAAAUGUACUUGUUUACUUUCGAAGCUUUGUAUGGAUGAUUUCGUUGUUCUGCUGCACAAGGGAAGGGGCUCCUUGAAGAGUUGUUGAGGGGGAUCCACACGCUUCGUCCUAUCAACAGACCAACAGACCAUCUCGAUGACCAAAUGGCUAAACCAACGGUUAGGGAACUUACGGGUUGCCGUCUGGAUGCUAGAUGCCCGUGCGCGUGUGCGCGCGCGCGAGAGAGAGAGAGAGAGAGAGAGAGAGAGAGAGAGAGAGAGAGAGAGAGAGAGAGAGAGAGAGAGAGAGAAAGAGCCGACUGGAUGCUAGACGUAUCAACAGACCAUCUCGAUAAUCAACAAUUCCUACCGAG